CCGCUACGGGUGGUGCAGGCAAGCCGCGCGGUUGCUCAGGCCUCUCUCCGCUUCCAGCCGUUCGCACCUGCUGCCUGCACCUGCUGCCCAGCCCGCCGCAGCCCGGCCUCAGCAUGACGGACCGCGCGGCCUUCGACACAGAUAUUGUCACCCUGACCCGCUUCGUAAUGGAGGAGGGCAGGAAGGCCCGCGGCACAGGCGAGAUGACCCAGCUGCUCAACUCACUCUGUACUGCGGUUAAAGCCAUCUCCACCGCCGUGCGCAAAGCUGGCAUUGCGCACCUCUAUGGAAUUGCUGGCUCUACCAACGUGACAGGUGAUCAAGUGAAGAAGCUGGAUGUCCUCUCCAAUGACCUGGUUGUUAACAUGUUAAAGUCAUCCUUUGCCACCUGUGUUCUUGUGUCAGAAGAAGAUAAGCAUGCCAUUAUAGUAGAGCCCGAAAAAAGGGGCAAAUAUGUGGUCUGUUUUGAUCCCCUCGAUGGAUCUUCCAAUAUUGACUGCCUUGUGUCCAUUGGAACAAUUUUUGGCAUCUACAAAAAGAGUUCAGCUGAUGAGCCUUCUGAGAAGGAUGCUUUGCAGCCAGGCAGGAACCUGGUGGCUGCUGGCUACGCCCUGUAUGGCAGUGCCACCAUGUUGGUCCUGGCCAUGGCAAAUGGCGUCAAUUGCUUCAUGCUGGACCCGGCCAUUGGAGAGUUCAUUUUGGUGGACAAGGAUGUGAAAAUCAAAAAGAAAGGGAAUAUAUUCAGCCUCAAUGAGGGCUAUGCCAAGGAAUUUGACCCUGCGGUCUCUGAGUAUGUCCAGAGGAAGAAGUUCCCCCUGGACAACACAGCGCCCUAUGGUGCCAGGUAUGUGGGCUCCAUGGUGGCUGAUGUCCACCGCACCCUGGUCUACGGAGGGAUCUUUCUGUACCCAGCUAAUAAGAAGAGCCCCAAUGGAAAGUUGAGACUGCUAUACGAAUGUAACCCAAUGGCCUAUGUCAUGGAGAAGGCUGGAGGAUUGGCUACCACUGGGAAGGAAGCUGUACUGGACAUUGUUCCCACCGAGAUCCACCAGAGGGCGCCAAUCAUCUUGGGGUCGCCUGAAGACGUGAAUGAGUUCCUGGAGAUCUAUAAGAAGCAUGCUGCCAAAUGAAGAAGUGACUUGCCCACACCAGAAAGAAGUGCCAUUUACCUGGACCUUUGUCUCACACGGUGCUACCUGUUUCUGACUGCGCCAUCAUACAUUCCUAAACAGCAGAAAUAAAAAGCAUGGAUAUUUUCACCGUCAAA